UACCCAAACUCUAAUAAUCAAUGGACAAGAUGACACAAGUCCUGUUCUGCAUUGCCCUCGCAUUCUCCCUCGCCACCCACACCGCCAUAGCGGCCGCCUCCGGCUACGGAUCGUUCGGAUCCCGCACACAUCUUGUCGGUCGAGACGGGCUGUGUUUAGACACCAUGUUGCUUCUCGGAUAUUAUCCUCCAACUCACUUAUCCCAAUGCGAACAAAGGAAAUCAAGCCAACUAUGGUCCAUCCUUGAAGAUGGCACGAUUCGAAUAAGUGACGUUAGAUUCUGUUUGGUUCCUAAAUCUCAAUCCACUGAAUUCGUUGGAGCCAAUGUCGUAGCAAUGGACUGCUCAAAAGAGAUAAGACACGACAUGAAAUGGACAAAAAACAAGGACGGAACCAUACACCACGACGAGUCGGGACUCGUCUUGACCGCGAAACCAGGCAGGACGGUGACGGUGGAAGUCAAUGAAAAUUUACCAUCACAAAGCUGGGAAGCCACGGAGACCUUUAUCCCAAUGGUGGCUAAUAUCAAAUGGCUUGAUAACUUGUGUUUGAAAUCUAUAGAAGGUGAAAAUUCGUAUGUGACGUUGAAUGAGUGUAGCCGAGAUGAUAAGAACCAACGAUGGGCGUUGUAUGGGGACGGCACCAUUCGACAAAAUGAGUAUAGACACUUGUGCUUGACUUCGUCCGAAAGGAAUUAUGGUGCGAUGGUGGUUGUGUCUAGGUGCGCUGACAAGCCACAGCAGCGUUGGGGGCUUGCGGAAGACAGCACCAUCAACCAUCCCAACACCAACUUGGUCAUGGAUGUGCGUAGGGAGGUGCCUCUGUUGCCGCCCAUGAUCGUGGUUGACAAGCAUGACGGCGCUGCUAGCCAACGAUGGACCAUUUACUGAAUGAUAUGUAAAUAACAAAUGGAGAGCACUAGCUAGCUCUCCUUGUGUAUGAUGCCACACGAGGCCAUGCAAAUAAGUACCUAUCCUUGUACCUCUUCAAAUGCUUAAUCUAUAAGCAUCAAUAAAUAAAGCGUGGACAAGUGUGUUUAAUUAUCGCUUUCA